GUAUAAGGGCAACAAUAACAAAACAAGUCACAAGUGAAAUGUGGUCACCAAUACACAACUAUAAUUUCCUCCAUUUUUGGACGCCUCAACUUCUUGUUGUCGACAUACAAAAAUCCGUUAAAAUUUCCGCCAAUCUCUUCUCUUCUUCUCUCUCCUCCAUCAAUCAAUCUUCUCAAAUCCUCCAUUUUCUCUCUCCUCUGCUUCACUACCAAAAUUCCCAAUUUCUUCUUCUGCUCAAACCCAACCAUAAACCCUAGAUUUCUCUUGUUAGGGAAAUUCUUAGGGCAUAAAUUCAUCACCAUGAACAAUUUCAUCCCACAAGCUGUAACAUCGGCGUCGACGUCGCGAACUUCACCGGCUACGGCUGCCGGAGGUUCACCGGCGAGCGCAUUAUCCUUCAUUUCCAAGGGGUGGAGGGAAGUGCGAGAUUCCGCCGAUGCCGAUAUUCGAUUGAUGAGAGAUAGGGCGAAUUCCUUCAAGAAUUUGGCAUCUUCGUUAGAUAGGGAGCUGGAGAAUUUCAUCAAUUCUGCUUCGGCCUUUUCGGUUCCGGCGAUUAAGUCGUAUUCGGCGAGUAAUUCUUCGACUGAGAUUGAUUUUGUGAAGAAGUUGCAGCCGAAGUUGUCGGAGUUUCGGAGGGUUUACUCGUCGCCGGAUUUUAGCCGGAAAGUGUUGGAGAAGUGGAGUCGGCCUACGACACCGAGGAUUCGUAUCGAUUUGUCGGCGAUAAAGAAUGCAAUGUUGGAGGAAGUGGAGGUUGAUGGAGGUGAGAGAUUGAGACAGAGUAGGAGAGGGAAUGUUAGGUUUACUGAUUUUAGGUGGGAUUGGAAGGGGGAAGGAGAAGAAGGGGAAGAAGGGUUUAAGGAUUGGGAGCCGAUUCGAGCUUUAAAGACUAAAUUGAAAGAUUUUGAGGUGAAGAAAUCGCCUGAUGAGAUUUUUGGCGCCUGGAAGAACAGUGAGCUGGUUGAGAAAUUCAAAGCUAGUUUGAAAGCAUUUCGGUGGGAUUCCCUGGAUUCAAAGGAAGUACCACCGUUGGAUGUACCUGAACUCCUGGCAUAUUUUGUUAGGCAGUCUGAACCCUUUUUGGAUCAACUUGGCGUUAGAAAAGAUUUAUGUGACAAGAUAGUGGAGAAUUUGUGUAGUAAACGUAAGAAUCAGCUUCUUUUGCACCCCGUUUCAGGUGGAGAAUCUUCUAUGGUUGAGGGUGAUAACAUCAAUGAUGAACUUGAUUUAAGGAUAGCCAGUGUCCUUCAGAGUACUGGUCAUCACUAUGAAGGUGGAUUUUGGUCAGACUUAAUGAAGCAGAAUCCAUCUGAAAAGAAAAGACAUGUUGCUAUUGUUACCACUGCUAGCCUUCCUUGGAUGACGGGAACAGCAGUAAAUCCGUUGUUUCGUGCUGCUUAUUUAGCUAAAUCUGCAAAGCAGAAGGUUACUCUUUUGGUUCCAUGGCUUUGCAAGUCUGACCAAGAGCUAGUUUACCCAAACAAGCUUACAUUCAAUUCACCAGAAGAACAGGAGGAUUAUAUACGAAAUUGGCUGGAGGAAAGGAUUGGUUUCAAGGCUGAUUUCAAAAUAUCAUUUUACCCUGGAAAGUUUUCCAAAGAAAGGCGGAGCAUACUUCCAGCUGGCGAUACUUCUCAGUUCAUAUCUUCAAAGGAAGCUGACAUUGCUAUCCUUGAAGAACCAGAGCAUUUGAACUGGUAUCAUCAUGGUAACCGGUGGACUGAUAAAUUCAAUCAUGUCGUUGGUGUCGUGCACACCAAUUAUCUGGAAUAUAUAAAGAGAGAGAAGAAUGGUGCUAUACAAGCUUUCUUUGUGAAGCAUAUUAAUAAUAUUGUGGCAAGAGCGCAUUGUCACAAGGUUCUUCGGCUUUCUGCUGCCACCCAGGAUCUGCCCAAGUCUAUUAUAUGUAAUGUCCAUGGUGUUAAUCCAAAGUUUCUGGAAAUUGGAGAGAAGUUGGCUUCUGAAAGAGCCGCUGGUCAGCAAGCCUUUCCCAAGGGAGCAUAUUUUUUGGGCAAGAUGGUUUGGGCAAAGGGAUACCGAGAACUAAUAGAUCUAUUUUCAAAGCACAAAAAUGAGCUUGGCAGCCUGAAUUUGGAUGUUUUUGGUAAUGGUGAGGAUGCACAUGAGGUCCAGAAUACUGCAAAAAAAUUGAAUCUGAGCCUCAACUUCCAAAAGGGAAGAGACCAUGCUGAUGAUUCCCUGCACAGAUACAAAGUUUUCAUAAACCCUAGUGUCAGUGAUGUCCUUUGCACCGCUACUGCUGAAGCACUUGCAAUGGGAAAGAUUGUAGUUUGUGCAGACCAUCCAUCAAAUGAGUUUUUCAGGUCAUUCCCAAACUGUUUGACAUAUCAGACAUCUGAAGACUUUGUUACCAAGGUGAAGGAAGCAUUGGUCAAGGAGCCUGAGCCACUUACCCCAGAACAAAGAUACAAACUUUCAUGGGAAGCCGCCACUGAAAGAUUUAUGGAACAUUCUGAUCUUGAAAAAGUCCUAGGAAUGGAUCAAAGCAGCAUCAAGUCCAAUAAAAACUUCAUGUCAAAAUCAGUUUCAAUGCCCAAUUUGUCUGAUAUGGUUGAUGGAGGGCUGGCAUUGGCUCACUAUUGUUUCACUGGGAGCGAACUCUUAAGGCUUGCAACAGGAGCAAUACCUGGCUCUCGGAAUUAUGACAAGCAGCACAGCAAGGAUCUGAAUCUGUUGCCUCCACAGGUAGAAAAUCCAAUUUAUCAUUGGUGAUGAAUUUAGGCAGCUAGGGAGCGGUUCUAAUAUCUUGUGCAUAACUGUAUAGUAGGAUGUCUUGUUAGUUCUUAGAGCUCCUCUAUGGUUUGUGGGUGGCUUGUUAUAUUUACAGUUUGCCAUCCAAGCACUCUCUUAGCCUUGGGUUUUUUGUAAUAUAGGAGAAUCUGAUAAUAGUAUAUACGAAGUAUGUAUUUUUGACAGUGCUGUAAGCAAUAACAUAGAAAAUAUCCACGAAAGCUGGAAGCCUAUUAGUUUACCCUCGCAGCAUUCCUUGUUACGGAGUAUUUUGGUUGUAAUUCUUGUACAUUUCAGUUUACUAAUUAACAUAGAAAGAAAUAAUCCCCUUCAGAAUUA